AUGGCGCCAGUCGACACCGUCGCAUCCACGCGCAGCAACUCGCUCCCCAUCGCCCUUUUCGGCGGCCAAGUACUCCUCGUCACGGUACUCACAGCUCGUGUGCUUCUCACUACUCGACGCGCCGCCAAAUCGCAGCCGCCGUCAACACGCACGCGCUUACAAGACUCCGCUCGCCGUCGUCAUGCCGUUACCUUCUCUAUCAUUGCGCUCCUCUCACUGCUCUCAGUAGGAAGCUUCGCCUUCCUCUGGCGCGCCAUCUCGUACGUUCGGUGGGCUGGAGAGAAUAAACAUGACAUUCCAGGCAGCUUGUGGAGCGGCUGGUACGGCACUGGAGCCGAAGGGCGCUGGUACCUGGCCGACUGGAUCGCCGACAUAGAUCUUGUGCGCGAAUUCGACAAGGUCGGAAUUAUGAAGCCUGAAGGAUUCCUCUACACCAGCCAGUAUUUUGUUGGACUGAUUGCAAGCUCCAUCUUCAUGGGCGCCGAGGGUCGCAGACGCAAUCUUUCCAACACGACAAUCGCCUCGUUUGUGCUACUGAGCUCAAUCGGGAGUUUAGGAUAUGCCUUGAGCUUGUUCUUCAUCACAAUUCUGUACACGCCUUUGACUAUACACCGCGACGAUACUCCACUACACGAUGCGCUGUUCACCCCGUAUGCCUUCGUAUACGACACCGGCAUUGUUGCGUCGCUCAUCACGCUUAAUCUCUUUCCCCAACUCGUUUCCGAGUUCGGCGACAAGAGCAUGAUGCGACUGGGUUAUCUGACCAUGCCUUUGGCCUUUGCUUUUGCCCCGCAACUGGUCCCUUACGCUCUGGGCCACCAGCAUACGUCCAAGGCAGCGGCUCAUAGAUCAUACGCCAAAGUCUUCCACGCGCUGUCAAUAGCCUCUAUUCUCGUAUACUGGCGCGUAUGGACCACUCUGAUCUAUGUCAACAGACCCGCCCAGCGCUCUCAUGUUUGGGAUCUCUUCUCCAACUCUAUCGGCAACAGCGAUUCGGCAAAUACGAACAGGCUUCUCACCAGCAUCAGCAACGCUGGCCAGGCUCUAAAGCAUAUCAGUAUGCACCCGGCUAUUAGUGUCACAAGCCUUGAUGUUCUCUUCGCAGCCAUCAGCUUGCUGACGUGGACCUUCACCCGCGAUUUAGAUGUGCAUGCUAUCUUAGAAAGCAGCAUACUGUCUUUCCUUGUUCCGACUCACGAGAAACAUGUUAGCUUCAAGCAAGACCUGGCCAGAGUUAUGGAGCACGCAAGCGAGCCCUCGUCGCUUGUAGAACCCACAACACCGAGAAAACCGGGACGUCCCGCUAAGAAUUCGGCUGUCAACGAUACAUCCAGUGCAACGCAUUCAGGACCGACAGGUGCACCUCUGCGGCGCAGCACAAGGGGGAAAGCGCGUAUCUCGGAUGCGGAUUCAGACGCAGGCUCGUUCGCUGGUGAUCCUGAUGCUACCUACCAACCAUCCGAGAAGACCAAGCGAGCGGUGCAGGAAAUGGAAUCGGACGGCUCUGCGCCUGAGGGGGAUCUAGUUCACGCUGGCGAGUCAACUGCACUAGCCCUGUUUCUUGCCUUCUUCGGCGGACUGGGUCAGUUAGCUGCGGGCACUCUAGGUGCCGAGGUGACAGGCCCGCGGGACUGA